UGCAACAAGAACAGAACAGGGCAUGGACAGCCUGUGGAAUCACUGUGGCUUGUGAUUCGCCUUUUUACGUCAUCCCGCCUGGACCCCUGCUGUGACCAAGACAAGGCUGUGGACUUGGAAUAUUAAGGCUGCGUAUGCCUCUUGCCUCCCAGUCGCCUCGCCCAAAACCAUUCAGAGUUGCCACAAGAACUGCAGUCGCAGCUCAGCAACAUCUCUCCUUCAACGUAAGUAUUCUCUUAUUUUAGCCAUGCUCGGCUGUCAUGCAGGUGUGUCAUGAAGCGCCUCUGUGCCUGGACGGCGCAUCGACGUUCAUUCACCGCCAAUGACUGGGAUCCAAUCAAACACGACCCAGUUUCACGCCCAUCGCAAAGGCUGAGCUCUAAGUCUAGAGUGCUCUCUUCCUUUAAAUGCGAUUGUCCCACCAUGACUUCCUCAAAUGAAUCAAAAUCAAUCUCCGAGAGAUACCACUGCGAGGACCUCAUAAUACCGCGAGCGAAUUAUCGAACCCACUUACGAAGAAGCUCGACGUUGCACACAAGAAUGCCGACGAACGUCCAAGACUUACCGGCCAAAGAGGUCAACGUCCUCAACAAGCACACUGGCUUUCCGGAGCCACUGAGUCCUGACCGCAACACUACUCUUCCCCACCCUGAUGCAGAUACCUCCCCAAAUGCCACAAUCGAAGCGCCAGAUGACCUUACUCGAAUCCACUCUCGCAAUUCCUUCCUCCACCGGAGACCUCACAGCAAAAACAGUUUUGGCAAGAUAGACCCGAUGAAGGGGCUGUACGACAACUUAAAAUACGCGGACAGAAUUCAAGAGGUUGAGAAUACGAAGGCGUUGGCUGUGAAGCUACUAAGUACGGAAAGCCCAGCCAACGGAGCGUCGCAACAAAACGGUGUCAUUGAUGGCGGAAUAGACGAGAGGCCUGCGAACGGUUAUGGCAACGGAGCCGCGAGUGCACCUGUGAACGGCUAUACAAAAGGACACAAGAGAGCAGAGAGCGGCCAUAGUAACGGAGAAAAGAAAAAGAGUUUAUUUAAGAGACUGAGCCUGCAUAGAUAAUGAGAGGGGUGCAACGGGCGAUCAAAUUUUGGGUUUCAGCGUGGAGUUUACAUUUGGAGCAGGGACACUG